GAGAUUUGAAAUCUCAUAAUUGAUAUAUGAAAUUGGUUGAUGCAAUUUGGAUAUACCGAUUUAGUAAUUUUCCAGAGUUGUUAGAGGAGAGAGUUGGGGGUUGAGGGUUGAGGGAGAGAGUAUGCUCGUGAACAGACAUCUUGUCGUUUCAUCUUCGUUGUUAAAACUUUUUUUAUUUAAUCGACUUUUUUUUUUAAAUGUAAUUAAAUCUUAAAAUUCCAAAGGGGGCCACGUGGCACUCCAACUGGCCUGCUAUUAAAUAUUAGAAUAGAUUAUGUGUGUGGCUUCAGUUUUUGUUGAGAAGUUAUUGCGAGAAGUUCCGGAUGUACAAAAGAUAUUUCUCCUCGUGAGGGCUAAAAACGAAGAAGCUGCAAUGCAACGACUAAAAACUGAAAUCAUAGAUUGCGAAUUAUUCACACGGUUGAAAAAUGCGUACGGAGAAAGAUACGAGGAGUUCAUGAGAAGCAAAUUGGUAGCAGUUGUUGGAAAUAUAUGUGAUCCAUGGCUUGGUAUGAAUUCCAAUGAUGUUCGUGUAAUUGCAGACCAAGUUAACGUUAUCAUAAGUAUUGCUGGGACUACCAAAUGGCAUGAAAGAUACGACGUACUCCUUGAUCUGAACGUGAGAGGACUUUCAAGACUCCUGAACUACGCAAUGGAUUGCAAGAAACUUGAUCUUUUUCUACACGUAUCAAGCGCUUAUGUCAACCGGGAAACAUUAGAAGUUGUUUUGGAAAAGCCUAUAGUCCUGUACGAAAGCAUUACGGAGAGGCAAAACAACUCGAACUCAAACUCGCCUACCUUACCAGUAGAACUCGAUAUAGAGAAUGAACUAAAGAUGGUUGCAGAAUUUGCUUCAACCAUUCCAAACAAUCAACUGCCUACAGAAAUGGCUAAGUUAGGAAUUAGAAGGGCUAAAAUUCAUGGAUUGAGCAGCGGUUAUCUAGUUACAAAGGAUAUGGGGGAGAUGUUAAUAACCAGACUAAGAGAUAAAUUGCCAUCGGUUAUCAUCCGUCCGCCUUUCAUUGAAAGUUGUUUUAGAGAACCCGUAUCUGGAUGGAUCGAGGGAUAUAGGGGCAUGGACCCGAUGAUCAUAUCUUAUGGAAAGGGACAACUUCAAGGGAUUUGCGCAGACCCCGCAUCAAUUCUUGAUGUUGUGAGUAGAGCUGGCAAAAAUUGACCCAACCCACCAACCCAACCCGAACCCAACCCAAUAAUAAAGGGUUGGGUCAAGAUUUUCAACCCGUUUAAUUAAAUGGGUCAACCCAACCCAACCCGUUUAAUUAAAUGGGUUGGGUCAGGUUGAAAUUUUCAACCCGAAAACAACCCGUCUAACCCGUUUAAGUGCAAGCAAGUAUGUAAUAUAUAUAUGUAUAAUGUGAUUUGAAAGAUUUUAUUUCUCAUUUUCCCUUCAACAUUGAAUAAUUAUUUGACGUUUUGAUUCAUGUCAAAUACAUAUUGAAAAAUUACUUUUUGCAAUGAGAUAUGCCAUAACAAAAUCACCUCGCAAUUCUAUAGUCAAAUCAAUUUACAAUUAAAAGUGGGAAAAAAAAAUUAAACGGGUCAACUUCAGGUCAACCCGUUUAUAGUUGGGUUGGGUUGGGUUGAAAAUCUCAACCCGUUUAAUUAAACAGGUCGGGUUGGGUUGGGAAAAUCUCAACCCGUUUAUAAAUGGGUCGACCUGAUUUCGACCCAACCCAACCCAUUGCCAGCUCUAGU